AUACACCAGACCACCUCCGCCGUUUCUUACAUCUUCCUUUAUUUGAUCCCAUCUUUUUCCUACUCUCGUUUAUUACUACCGUUCAUCACUGCACGACCUAGUUUCCCUAUCCUCUCUAGGCAUCCCUCUCCCUCUAGGACCUGCUGGCAGGAAAUCGCAUUCCCUAAACCUGAGAUAUCUACACUGACAUAAACCGACAACAUGGGCGACAACCACUCUGCAGCCUCAGGCCAUACUGCCACUACGGCUGUGAACAGGCCGACCAUCGACACCACCGCCGCCACUCAGACACAGGAGAAGCUUGAUCCCACGCGCCUCACAAGCAUGGACAGCUCUACCGCGAAGCGUAUGCACAGUCUCGAAAUCCCUCUCGACAAUGUUCGCUCUCCCCCUUCUCCCGCCGUUGGCGUCAACCCUGCCCUUUUCCGCAAGCAGACUUCCCUCGAUCUCGACGACUACUUCACUGGUCCUCGCGAUAUCCAAAAGCACUCAAAAUGGCCUCUGGUCAUGCAAAUGCACGGCUCCAUCAUGCCCAAGCUCAUCAUCCCUCUCAUUGCCAUCGGAGCUUGGUCUACUGCCAUCACGGUCAUCCACGACCACUACCCCAAGAUUCAGGUCAACUCUGUUCUGCUCACCAUUCUGGGUUUCGUCGUCGGUCUUAGUCUGUCUUUCCGAUCCUCCACUGCUUACGAGCGUUAUGCUGAAGGUCGUCGAUACUGGGGAACCCUCACAAUGGCUUCCCAGACAUUGGGUCGUGUCAUCUGGAUCCAUGGCAAGGACGUGCCUGAUCAAGACCCCCGCGAGACAAUUCUCAAGAAGAUUGGUGCCAUGAACCUCAUUGUCGCAUUCGCUGUUUCCCUCAAGCACGCAUUGCGAUUCGAGCCCUACAGUGCCUACCCCGAUAUGGAGCAUCUCAUCGGCCACCUCAACACCUUUGCCAAGGAUGCUACUCUGGCUGAUCCCGACGCCGGGUCCAUGAAGAAGAAGAACAUCUUCAAGUCUGUUGGAGAGUAUCUGGGCGUGUCAUUUGCUCAAAGCAACCCUCGAAAGGCUCUUAAGAAGACUGACAAGCCUCUGGGUAACCUGCCUCUUGAGAUCCUCAGCCACCUCGCCGUCACUAUCGAUCGCAUGGUUGCCCAAGGACAGCUCGACAUCCCUAUGCAACAGACUCUCGCUUACAACAACCUCGGAUUGAUGAAUGACUGCAUGACAGGAUGUGACCGAGUUCUCAACACUCCCCUCCCAAUUGCCUACACCAUUGCCAUCAGCCAAAUCACCUUUAUCUACAUCUUUGUCCUCCCCUUCCAGCUUGUUCAGACGCUCGAGUGGAUUACUAUUCCCGCCUCCAUCGUCGCAGCUUACAUCAUUUUCGGCCUUCUCUUCAUCGGACAGGAGAUCGAGAACCCCUUUGGCCAGGAUGUCAACGAUCUUCCCCUCGAGAUUUACUGUGACCAGAUUGCGGCUGACCUGGAUGUUAUUGCGUCUCAUGAUAAGCGCGAGCCGGAUACUUUCCUGCUCAGCCACAACAGCAUGCCUCUGUACCCCGUUAGCACCGCGUCUCCCAACGCUUGGAUGAAGCGCAGCGACGAGAAGCUUCGCCAGGUCAUCAAGGACAAGCCCAACACCAUGUUUGAGUGGCGCAAGGAGAUUGCGCGCAAGAAGCAGAGCGGUGCCAAGUUUGGUACCAACGACAUGAUGACACCUGGUGAUCACAAUGUCUAAGCAAAAGUUUCCUUGUUAUACCCUUUCUAAUGCAUGUUGAGGGACUGCCCACAACUACGGCGCGUCAAAAUAAUCUUUUUCUGGAUUCGUUAAACUGUACGGUUUAUUCUGAAGAGUUACUUCAUAUUGGUCUGGUCUGGUCUGGUCUAGGUUGGCAACUGUUAGACAAUAGCGUUUUAGUCGUGUUGAAUCUUUUAAUCCAAAUUGAUC